ACUGUGUCGCCCUCUGGCAUUGAGCUGAAGAGCUUGGUUUCGCCAGCCUUGACCAAGGUGUCCACCUACUCCUCGCCCGGCUACACCUACAGUCAGUCCACUCCGGGYAUYUCCAAGUCGGCUACCUAUACAUCGCCCUCGGCCUCCAGUGGAGCAUACUAUGCCCCGCCCGUGACCACCAAGGUGSAGACCUAUACCUCCCCUGGCUACACCUACUCYAAGGCCACGCCUGGCUUCUCCAAGGUGGAGACCUACAGCUCACCCGGCUACAGCUACUCCCAGGCAUCGCCAGGUGUUGCCAAGAUAGCCACCUAUUCGCCUUCCAUUUCCUAUGCUGCGCCUGCGCCUGCCCUCAAGCUGGCCACCACCUCGUCGCUGUUCUCCUCGCUCGGCUCCGGCUACUCGGCCAGCUAUGCGCCCGCUCUGGCCAAGACCUAUUUGCCCGCAGCGCCCGCCAUUGCYACCCAAUAURUUUCGUCCCCUGCCAAGGUGGCCACCUAYAGCGCUCCUGCCGUGUCCACCUAUGCUUCAGCUCCCCUUAGCAAGCUGAGCACCAGCUAUGGUGCCAGUGGCUCWGGCGCCAUCUCCCAUCAGUACGUYUCCAAGCCAGCCGUGGCUACCUAUGCAGCUGCUCCUGCUGUCACCAAGACUGUYAGCUAUGCUGCUCCUGCCGUCACUAAGAUAUCCAGCUAUGCUGCUCCRUCUAUCUCCACCUACUCCUCAGCUCCUUCGGUAGCUAAAGUGGCGACCUACAGCCAGGCAGCUGAUGUCUCCCAUCAGUACAUUUCCAAGCCUAUUGUCGCUGCCUAUCCGGCAGCCGCUCCAGCUGUGGCCAAGGUGGGCUAUGCCGCUCCUGCCGUCAGCUACGCCAGCAGUGGACAUGGCGCUGUCUCCCAUCAGUACGUGUCCAAGCCUGCCCUGGCCACAAUCUCUGCUGCUCCGGCGAUUGCCAAGGUGGCAUCCUAUGCCGCUCCAGCUGUGGCCACCUAUUCCACCGGUCCGGCAAUCUCAAAGGUUGCCAGCUAUGCACCUGCAUCCAUAUCCACCUACUCCGCUGCUCCGGCUAUUACAAAAGUAGCCACCAGCUAUGGCAGCUCUGGCCAUGGCGCUGUCUCCCACCAAUAUGUGUCCAAGCCCGCCGUGGCUACCUAUGCAGCUGCUCCUGCUCUCACCAAGACUGUCAGCUAUGCUGCUCCGUCUAUCUCCACCUACUCCUCAGCUCCUUCGCUUGCCAAGGUGGCGACCUACAGCCAGGCAGCUGAUGUCUCCCAUCAGUACAUUUCCAGGCCAUCCACAGUGUAUGCUGCUGCUCCAGCGAUUGCAAAAGUCGCUACCUACGCAGCGCCUGCCGUAGCCACCUAUUCCGCUGCUCCAACCAUCACCAAGCUGGCAACCAGCUAUGGUAGCUCUGGUCAUGGCGCCGUCUCCCACCAAUAUGUGUCCAAGCCCGCUGUGGCUACCUAUGCAGCUGCUCCWGCUCUCGCCAAGACUGUCAGCUAUGCUGCUCCAGCCAUCGCCACCUACUCGGCAGCUCCCUCAGUUGCCAAGUACUAA